CUCCACCCAUCUGCCCUAAAUAGCAUUGAAAAUAACUAAUAUCACAGAGAGUUUAGGGUGGAUAGUAUGCACAUUGGGACGCAGGCCGAAUAUUUCACAAAAAUAAAUAAAUGAAAAUAAAUUCAGAACACCGGAAUUCCGGUGAUGUGCGUCACCAAGAACCCAUCCGCCCCCAGCGCGAGCACCUCGGCUCUGCUGCUGUUUCUCCGUGACCGGCCUCGGUGGAUAAUGUACACGUAGAAAGUGGUCGAUGUGUUUAUUCUGCAGGCAUGUACAAAGCGUGUUUCGUCGCUCAUGUGGCGGUGCUGUUUGUUGGGUUCACAGGGUCGUGCUCCACACGGGACAGUCUCAGAGUCAGAGAGGAAUGGACUGGUGCUGAGCGAGGGCUGCCUGAGCUGAGACUCCGGACGCUGCACUGGCAGGACCUGCUGGACGUGUGUGUCCGUGUGCGGCUCUCCGUGCGUCCUCUGUUGCCAAACGAAUCGCUGAUGAUUGAGUGGAGCGACUCUGAAUCGGGUGACUCCUGCUCGCUGCACAUGUGGAAACGGAGCAACAACACUCUCAGGUGGACCAGCUGGGACGAUACGCUGCUACAGCCUCGUAAAGCUAAAAUUCAGAAGCAUGUAAGGAACGUGACGUCCCAUCAGGCCUUUUGGAUUGUGAGGUAUGACUGUUUCCCGGCCCAGCCUGGAUCCACGGUCAGCGUGUCUGUUCACAGCCACAGUGGUGUGCUCAUCAGCAGGUCUUACAGCAUAGAGCACACAGUGCCCAAAGCCAGUGUCACGGUGGAUGAACAUGCUAAACGCUUCACUGUACGAGUGGAAACAGACCAAAGCGCGGUGGAGAUCAGCCUGUGCUACAACAAUUCACACGCAGAGUGUGAAGGAAACUAUUUUAAUAAGACUGAACCGGAGGUUAAAACCUUCAAUCUGAGCUUCCCCUACCUGAUACCCUGUGUCUGUGUGCAGCUGUGGUUUCCAGGCCCUGAUUCCAGAAGAAACACACAGUGUCCCUUAAAAGAGAAAGCGCUGCCACAUGGAGGUGAUAUCUUGUCCUCGAGUUCAGUUAAAGUUCGUGGCUCUGUUCUGGAGUGGAAGCCUCUCUGCCCCGCUGACCAAUCAGAUCCCUCCGUCUCUCUGUGCUGGCGAAUCCACACGCAGAACUCUUACUGUGUCCCCGCCCCCAACGCCACCCUCCGCGGGACCAGACGGCAGUAUAACGUGUCUGCUGUGGAUAAACACCCUCAGAUGUGUGUGAAGUUUUCUCUAAAUGGCAGUGGUCAGGUGUUCUGUCCGUUUGAGUCAGAGGGCCGCUCUGAGUGGAGCGUGGCGGUCGUUCCUGGAUCUCUGCACCUGCUCCUGCUCCUGAGGUCCAGCGUCGCCGCUUCGUUUGCUGCUCAGCUGUGCAUCAGAGACGGAGAGACGUGUGUGUCUCAAGGAAACAUCAUCUCUCGCCGGGUGGACGGGGGCGCUGCUGAGGCUGAGCUGAGCGUGCCCUUCACCUUCCUCUCCUCAGCACUGUGUGUGCAGGUGUGGCGCUUGGAUCUCCGUGGAAGACGAAUCCUUUGCCCUGACUUCACACACAGGCGCUGGGGUCUCAUCAUCAGCACCGCAGUGACUCUUCUGGCCGCGGUGACCGUACUGGUCUGCAUCACAUGCUACCUGUUCAAAGAAAGCGCAUCAGUGUGGAGGAGCGCUGAGAGACGUCCCGUGCUGCUCGUGUGCUCGUCUGACGAUGCGGCCCACAUCGCUGCCGUCUGCAGUCUAGCCUCCGGCCUGCAGGGGGAGCUCUUGAUGGACGUGCGGCUGGCGCAGUGGGCGUCCUCUCUGGCUCAGCUGGGGCCCGUGCCGUGGCUGUACGGACAGUGUCAGGCCGUGCAGAAGGCCGGAGGUCUCGUCCUGAUCGCCUGGAGCCCUGACGCCCAUCAGGCUUUUCUGAGACGGGCGAAGAGCGAUUGGGUCGCUGGAUCACAGUUCUCCGAGACAGGGCUGUACAGUGCUGCUGAGGAGGAAGAGCAGAGGUGCUGUGAUGGAGAAUGGAUGGAGAAGCCGGUGGAGUCGUCCUUUAUCACGGCUCCUGUGCUCGACGCCGCCCUCUGCUGUCUGUGGACGGGAUUACACAGUGAUGGCCACGCCAGGGGGUUUGGACUGGUGUGCUUCCAGGGCCUUAACAACAACAGCAGCAGCACUUACAUCCCCAAACAGCUCCGCUGUGUCCCGAAGUACUGUCUCCCCAAGGACCUGUCCUCUUUACUACGCCACCUGGGAGAGCCCACAGGGGCCCAAGGGAGUGGGCGAUGUUGGCCCCGUCUUCUGUCCAAGGCGCUGGCGUUCUUCAUGUGGCGUCAGCUAGCGCGCAGACUAAAGGCGGGACUUCCUGUGCCGAGCAAAACAAAGCGAAAGACAUUGAUGCAAAAAAAGCAGCAAAGUAAAGUUGUAUCAGCGUGUUUGUGUUCAAAGAAACAUUCUGCACCAGAGCUACUAUGAGCCUGCUGCUGAGAUGAAGCGGUUUCUCUCUGACUGAACUCCUGCUGUCCUCUGAUUGGCUGCAUGUGAAGGGCCGGGGCAGAUCUGUCCAGCAGGGGGCAGAAACAUCAAACUCGUCUUCAGGUCUUCCUGUGAAGUCCCUGGUAAACCACUGGCGCUGUACCUGACAAAAUACUAUAGUGAUUUACAGUGUUUUUGAACCAUACUAUAGUAAAGUACUUGCAUUAAUUUGUUGUGGUAAUUCUAUAGUUUCUGUGGUAAAAUAACAACUAUAGUAAUAUAAACAAAUGAAGUCUUCUUUAUCUACAGGGUAUAUUACAAUACAUUAGUUUACUGUUGUAAAAACUAAAGUGUACUACAGUAUUUAUAACAGUUUAUCAGUUCACUGUAGUUAAUAGUACAGUAUGCUGUAGCAUUCAUUAACUAGGUGUUGUAAAUACGAGAAUAUAUACAGUAUACUAUAGUUUGGUUCAGAAACACUAUAAUAUUUACUAUAAAUGGCUGUAGUAUUUUCUCAUGUGCGCUGUAUGUCCCUGGUGUUCAUGCCGUUAUCUCGAGCCCCACUGUUUCUGUUCAAGUGAUUUCAAACGGAUUUAAUCCGUCCUUCUUCUAGCUUGCACUAUUCUAGACAACGCUUGAAACUUCAUAUUGCUGGCACUUUUUGUGUUAUUGCCUGCUUAAUAUGAAUCACUUGUUGUAUUAUUUUACAGACACCUUUAUCCAAAGUAACUUACAAAUGAGGUAAAUGUACAGUGCCUGAAAACACGAUCUGACUUCAUCUUAAAUAAAAU